AUGGCCGCCACAAAAAAGACCUACAUCGUCGAGCACCUCGACGAGGAGCUGGGCCCCUGGUCCGAGCUUGAGUACAUCGCUAUCGCCAAGGAAUCGCAAGAGAUCGGUUCCGAGUUCCAUCUCACUUCCCUGCCCCAGGGCUUCAAGGUCCCCGAGGCUCUGGCCGCUGUUCCUGCCUUUAAGGCCGAGAACCGUGGUGUUGAGGAGAUCUAUGCUGCUGACAAGAGCAGGGUCUGCCUUCUUGAUCCCGCGGCCAAGAAGGACUUGAGCCCUGAGGAUGGCGAGACCUUUGAUGUGUUCCUAUUUGGCGGUAUUUUGGGUGAUGACCCCCCGAGAGACAGAACCUCUGAGCUCCGCAAGAAGGGCUUCGAGGGUCGCCGUCUCGGCCCCGUGCAGAUGACCACUGAUACUGCUGUCCGUGUCACUCGUCUUGUUGUUGAGGGCAAGACCCCCGUUGACAAGGUCCCCUACGUCGACCACCCCGAGCUCAAGUUCAGCGAGCACGAGAGCACACAGAUGCCCUUCCGUUAUGUCACUGACAAGGAGGGCAAGCCAAUUAUGCCUCAGGGCAUGGUCGAGUUGAUCAAGAAAGACUCGGACAAGGCUAUUGACGACAUGUUCUAA